AUGGGUCAUCACUCAUGCUGCAACAAGCAAAAGGUUAGGAGGGGCCUCUGGUCACCAGAGGAAGAUGAGAAACUCAUAAAGUACAUCUCCACCUAUGGCCAUGGUUGCUGGAGCUCUGUCCCAAGACGAGCAGGACUGCAAAGAUGUGGCAAAAGUUGCAGGCUAAGAUGGAUCAAUUAUCUAAGGCCAGAUUUAAAAAGAGGAAGCUUCUCUCCCCAAGAAGAAUCUCUCAUCAUUGAACUCCACAGAGUGCUAGGAAACAGAUGGGCACAGAUAGCAAAGCACCUCCCUGGAAGAACAGACAAUGAGGUGAAGAACUUCUGGAACUCCACCAUAAAGAAGAAGCUCAUGUCUCAUGCUAUGGAUGGCGUCAACCCGAUAUCUUCCACCGGCGAUGAGUUAUUACCAAUGAGGUCGUACAUAAACCAGCUGUUUUGUGCCCAAGACCAUUACUAUACUCUGGAUGCAACAUCCACACCACAUGGUUAUGAUGGCCAUGACAUGACUGCCUACAUUGUCGAUAGGGCAUGUGCACCCUCUCCAUUACAAGCUUCUUAUAGUUCCACAUGGCCUUCGGACCCUCGUCAGCUUCAUCAAAACCCCAAUGAUCACCGGCAUCGAGUGGAGGGCUACGCCGGUGCUCCGGUGUAUAACGACGAGAUUGUCUCCUUGCGGUAUGCGGAAACUCAAUGUAGCAGUUCCAAGUUUGUGGUCGCCUACGAUCAGUCAGUGGAUACCCAAGAAUGCACCAUUCCAUCUUUGUCAGUGUCACAUGAGAUCGAUGCAAAUGCUGGACUCCCAUCUUUUCUGACUCUUCCUCACCAAUACAAGCCUCCAGAUUCAACAAAUCCAAUGGACUUCAUGGAUAUGAUCAUGGGAUCGUCUUCAUCUGGAGAGGUGUCGGAUGAUAGCCUUGCCAUGAUUCCUAGCUUGCAACCACAUUGGGUUCCCUAA